AUGGACGGCCUCGACGAGUUUGAGAAGCAGCUUGCCGCCGACAAAGCCAAGCGCGACCGCCGCGACGAUCGCAAGAAGCAUCAUCACCGACAUCACGACGACGAUCGUCACCGCCGGCGCCACCGCGACGAGGACGACGACCACAGACACAAACGGCGGCGGCGGUCGCGCGACGACGACGAUGGCUCACGACACAGGCACAGAGACGGCGACAGACACCGGGACCGAGAUCGCAGCGAAAGACACAAGGAGGCAGAUGACAAGACAUCGAAAGAUGCUGGCAGCGAGCUCGUUCGAGAUGCAUGGAUGACGGCGCCGUCCGCCCUCGAUAUUGAGCACAUCAACCGGCCGGCAGCCAAGGAAAAGACGCCACCAAAAGAGCCAGAGCGUGUCAUCUCGGUGCGCGAAAUUAAUCGUGGUCUCAGCCAACAGACUGCCGCAGCAGAACCAUCGACCGAGCCAAAAGAGCGCGUGGUCGACUACACAUUUGGCGACUCGGGGUCCAGCUGGCGCAUGACCAAGCUGCGCGGCGUGCAUACCAUGGCGGAAGAGACGGGGCGACCGGUCGAGGACAUUGCGAUUGAGCGCUUCGGCAGCUUGCAGGAGUUUGACGACGCCAGAGAAGAAAAGCAGGAGCUAGAUCGGGCCAAGAGCUACGGCAAGGGCUACAGCAUGAAGGAAAAGCCGACUGGCGAUUUUUACAAAGAGCGUCUCGCUAAACAGAAGCCAUCGUCACCCCCUCCACGACAACCUUCCCCUUCACCACCCGCAGCCACGGCCGCCGCGACCGUCGUCGCGCCAAUGGACCAGACUGCGUUAAACCGCCUCCGCGCGCAGCUGAUGAGGGCCAAGCUCCGACGGGCGCCCAACGCCGCGCAGCUCGAAGAAGAGUACAACCGCGUCGCUGCGGGCUUUGCCGCGUCUGCAUCCUCGGCCGCCGCGCAGCAGUCCGUCGUGCUCGGCGGCCAGGACAGCCGGCUGCUGGCGGGCCACAUCCGCAACGAGGUCAAGACGGUCGACAACACGCGGCGCGGGCGCGAGCGCGGCACCGUCGUCGCCAACGACGACAUGACGAUUGACGACAUGCUGCGCGAGGAGCGGCGCACCAAGGGCCAGGCCGGCGGCGAGGGCAUGCGUCUGGCGGAGCGCAUCGCCAAGGACGGCAAGUUUGACGACGACCUCGAGUACAUGGACGAAAACGCCGAGAAGCUCGCCCAGCGCGUGCACAAGAGCGAGAUGAAUCUGAAAAACAUGGCCGUCCACGAGUUUCAAAAGCUGAACCGCAUCCUCGAGACGUGUCCGCUGUGCCACCGCGACGACACGCAGACGCCGCCGCUCGCGCCCGUGCUCGCGCUCGGCACGCGCGUGUUCUUGACGCUCGCGACGGAGCCCGAAGUGUCGUCUGGCGGCGCCGUGAUUGUGCCCACGACGCACCGCCGCAACCUGCUCGAGUGCGACGACGACGAGUGGGAGGAGCUGCGCAACUUUAUGAAGAGCCUGACGCGCAUGUACCACGCUCAGGGGCGCGAGGUGCUGUUUUACGAAAAUGCCGCGGCGCCGGGACGACACCGCCACGCGGCCAUGAGCGCCGUGCCGAUUCCGUAUGCCGAGGGCGCCACGGCGCCGGCGUACUUUAAAGAAGCGUUUCUGUCGGCGGAUGAAGAGUGGGCGCAGCACAAGAAGAUUAUCGAUACCGGGGCGGCGGCGACGCGGCAAGGACUCGGACGCAUGGCGUUUCGAAAAUCCAUUGCAAAGGAGAUGCCCUACUUUCACGUGUGGUUUACGCUGGACGGCGGGCUCGGCCACAUUGUGGAAGAUGCAGGGCGCUGGCCGCGCGGGGACGUGUUUGCGCGAGAGGUCAUUGGCGGCAUCGUCGGCGCGGAGCCGCACGUGGUUAGGAAGCAGGGCCGGUGGCAGAGAGCGGAUCCGAGGGUGGAAGGGUUCAAGAAGGAGUGGCGGAAAUAUGACUGGACGCGGGUGUUGACUGAAGAUGCGUAG